AUUGGACUUAGCACGUAUAACAAAAAUAAUAAACACAAAUAUAGGCACUUUCAUUCAAUUAAUAUCAAAGUUGAAAUAUUAAAAAUGUAAUGAAGAUCCUUGUAUUUUAAAAAUAAGUGUUUCAAAAAAUAACACUGUUAGAAAAUUUAGCCAAAAAAAGAACUGAACGAUCGACACAAUGGCACCUGUACCUUUAGAAGGAUUGCAAACUCCUGUUGCAAAUGCAAUGUCUCAAUCAAAUAUGAAUAGUGCCCAAGAGGGUAAUCGAGGUGGAUCCAUAUCAUUGGCAAUGCUCAUCGAUUUUAUUGUGCAACGUACUUACAAUGAACUUACCGUUCUUGCUGAAUUAUUACCAAGAAAAACUGAUAUGGAACGUAAAGUAGAAAUUUACAAUUUUUCUGCUAGAACACGUCAAUUAUUCGUAAGAUUAUUAGCGCUAGUAAAAUGGGCAAGCAGUGCAUCAAAAGUUGAUAAAUCAGCGAGAAUUAUGGCAUUCUUAGACAAACAAUCGUUAUUGUUUGUUGAAACAGCUGAUAUGUUAGCACGUAUGGCUCGAGAAACAUUAGUUCAUGCACGAUUACCUAAUUUUCAUAUACCCGCUGCUGUUGAAGUAUUAACAACGGGUACAUUUACAAGGUUACCAGCAUGUAUUCGAGAAAAAAUUGUUCCACCUGAUCCAAUAACACCAGCUGAAAAACGUGACACCCUGUUAAAAUUAAAUCAAGUUGUACAACAUCGAUUGGUUACUGGAAACUUACUACCACAAAUGCGUAAUUUAAAAAUUGAAAAUGGAAGAGUAACUUUUCAUGUAGAACAUGAAUUUGAAGUAUCAUUAACAGUUAUGGGAGAUGGACCAAAUAUUCCAUGGCGUUUGCUGGAUGUUGAUAUUCUUGUUGAAGAUAAAGAAACAGGAGAUGGUAAAGCUCUGGUGCAUUCAUUACAAGUACAAUAUAUCCAUCAAGUUCUGCAAGCACGUCUUGCUGAUAAUCCAAAUCCUUUAACUGAAGUAUAUAAUUUUUUACACUAUUUUUGUCAAGCAUUACAAUUAGAAGUACUCUAUACGCAAACAUUACGUUUAAUUCGUGAUCGAUUAGAUGAUCACAUUCACGUAGACGAAUAUAUUCCUGGAAGGAGUCUUACUAUUUCCUAUUGGAGAGAAUUAACAAGCAAGGAUCCACGAUCUGAACUUGGUUAUAGGCUAACUGUCCAAGUAGAUACUCACGAUCCAGCUCGGCCGCUGGCUGUUGUACAUGUACCUACCUUAGGAGGAAGUAAGGAAUGUGAAAUUGCUGACAGAGCCAUCCGCUCAGAAGUAUUGUCAAUGGAACGAUUACUUGUACACACAAUUUAUGUACGAACCAGAAAUCGCCUUGGUGAAUUAAAGAUUGAAUUGCAAUCGAUGUUAAAAGAUGUUGAAUGUCAAUUACAAGGAUCACCUGCAAUAUUAGCAAUUGCCGUUUUACAACCGUGUCUACGAGCUGAACAAUUAUUGGUUACAGUGGACACGCAUACUGGAAUAUUACAAUGCCAUGUACCACAAUAUGAAGCCCCGCUAAUAUCUGAAUUACAUACUGCAUUAAAUGGUGAUCAUUCACGACUCCCUACAUUAUUAUCUGAACUAAGAUUUUGGAUUACUCAAAGACGCUGUGAAAAAACACUUCAACAUUUACCGGCAACACCAUAUGAACGCUUGCCAUUAUUACAUCAUCCAGAUCAUCCUGUAACAAAAAUUGGGCGACAUCGCAUGUUUGUACAACUUCAUCGACAUCCAAAUGUUAUUUUGAUUGUUGAAUUAAAAGAAAAAGAAAGCAGCACUUGUGAAGUGGAAUGUGGUUUUUUCUUAGCAGUGGUAAAACAAUCUAGUAUUGAGGAUAAUCCUCAUGACGAUACAAUUGAAACAGAAAUACCAAAAAUGUAUUUACGAGUAUUGACGUUAUUACAAUUUGACACGUUUAUUGUAACACAUGGACCAUUUACUAGUGUCGAUGGCGAUAGUGAGCAAGAUGUUCAUUGCUCCAUUACAGACACUAGUUCCGGUAGCUCAAAUGCAGCUACCACCGGUGGUUCAUCAGGUACACAGCAGGGAACAGCAUCGAAACGUAAGUUAAACAUUCCUGGAACAAAAGACAGUCAGCGCAAGAGUAAACAUCCGGCGUACUUCAUACCGGAAUUAGCACAUGUGGUAGCUAUGUGCGAUGAAAGAUUACCAUUUGUUGCAUUAGCACAAGAGCUAUCGAAUAAAAGUAUUUAUCAUCAAGGCUUACAAGUUGAAGCAAAUGCAAGUACACUUGUGCUACGCCUGCUACAAUUACCUCCACCAACACCAGAAAUUGCAAAAACUCCAGCAUGGAAUGCAUUAUUAAAACGCCUUUUAUCAGCAGCAAUUCGUUCACAAGGAAAGGGUACCGCUAAAAUUUGGAUGACUGAAUUUGUUUUUUAUAAUUCACCAUUGGCAAGUACACACCCCAAAGAGCAAGGUAAUCGUCGUCCAGUAUAUUUUCAAUAUGAAAUGGGUACAGCUGAUACAAUGUCACGAACAGUCGAUGCACUUCUCAACGAUUGGGCACAAAUAGUGUAUUUGUAUUCUUUAGUUUAUGAUUUUGCAGAAUACUACACUAUGGAUCAAUACAAUUUUCCCAACAUAAUUAGUGUGAAAUCAUUCAAUUAUAAUAAACUAUUUUUGGGCUACGGUCCAGAACGUGAAGCCAUUGUUUGCGUACAUUGGAGCCCUAUUGAUCAGAUGUUUAAAUUAAUAUUUGCUGCAAACCAGAAUGCUGUUACAGCGCAUUUGUUAAUGCGUGAACAAUUAGAAAGUUACUUGAAUGAAACUAAAAAUUUAGCACAAUUAGUACACAUACUGCAUGAAACAUAUGAACCGCUGGUAUCGAUCAGUCGUUUACCAACUUUACCACAGAUGGGUGUACAUAAUACGCGGCCGCAAGUACCUGUUCAAACAUUUACAAUUAUGGCACAAUCAGCUACAAUGAUACGAAUUGCCUAUCAAGGAAUGUACUGUUUGGAAUUACGUUUACUUGGUGGUGGUUUGGUAUCAUUACGAGAUGGGGCUUACAGUAGAUUUGAUCGAAGUAAUGUUGUUGAAGAGUUUACACCAACUCAAGGUUUAAAGACAUUUUUAUCAAAAUAUGCUGAUGAAAGCAUUAUAUCACGAAGAAGAUCACAAUCAGAAGAUGAUAAUCCACCGUCACCCAUAACAAUGGAUAUGGAAGGAAGUGGUGGUAACAGUUUUCUGAGUCAUCAUCGUGGACCGCAAUCACCUGCACAACAACGAGACGCGUUAAGAUUUCAUCCACCGUUAACACCACCUUCGGGUAGUAAUCCUCACACACCAGCUAGUCCACAUGCUAAUAUUACCCAGGGGAACACUCAUACCAGUUUUGGAUCAAGUCCAGCAACAUCAUUUAAUUUAGCUUCUCCACCUUCUUUACCGCCAAAUAUUAAUCCAUCACCAAUUCCUUUAAUGCCUCAUCCAAGUCCUAGUGGAGUUGCUAAUUCACCAUUAAAUCCAUUACAUGUACCUAGUCCAGCGGGAUUAAUGCCCAGUGCAUCACCUGGUCCAAGUCUCCCUGGCCACUCGCCAGCUAGUAGUUUUAUGCAAACAGGACACACUGAUGGAAGUCCAUUCCCAUCAUCGCAAAGCAUGACAUCACCAGCUGCAUCAAAUUGGCCUGGGUCGCCAAGUGUUCCUAGGCCAUCUCCGGCACGUCCUGGACAAUCUCCAUUGGGUCAUUCGUCACUACAUAGCCCUCAAGCAGACCAUAGACAAGCAAGCCACAGUUCAAGGGUAUUACCGGCACGACCUUGGGCAGCGGCAGUUCCUACUCUUCUAACAAAUGAAGCAUUAGAUCGGCUUUGUCGACCAUCAGCGCAUCCAUCAAACUUACCCGGACCCGAAAUGGCGCCUAUUGAAAGAUUUUUAGGCUGUGUUUAUAUGAGACGUCAAUUAUUACGAUAUAUACAAACUGAAUUAACUCCAAUUGCGAACAAUGAACCUGGUGUAGUACAUUUUAAGGUCGAAACAUUACAAUGCCGUGUUAGUUUAAAUACUCAACACUUACAAUCAUUACAUAUUAAAGUGACACCACUACCGGAGCAUAAAGAUUCAUGGAGUAAUGAUGAAUUACAUAUAAUUGAAAAAUUCUUUGAGUCACGAGCAGCAGCACCACCUUAUAAACCCAAUUCAUUAUCAGGAUUUGGAAGUUUAUUAAAUGUACCUUUUAAUGUCCUUAAAGACUUUGUACAAAUAAUGCGUUUAGAAGUUGUACCAGGAUUGACACAAGGUUUAAAGUGGUCUGUACAAUGGGCUUUAAGAAUACCACCAUCAGCUACACCAAUUGUGCCUUGUGGAAUGGCAGCCGUACUUGUUGCUCGUAACAAGAUUUUAUUCUUUUUACAAAUUACAAGAAUGGGUGUACAAUAUCCUGGUAACAUUGAGCCACCGUCAAUUGUUUUACCAUUAAUUUAUGAUGCAAGUACAAAUUUGACCCAAUUAGCUGAAAAACGUGAAUCGGUGGCAGGUGGGCCUAUGGGUGCAACACGACGUGAUCCAUUACCUGCAUCAGCCCUAACUGCAGCCAGUUUACAAUUGAAACGAUUUGCUGAAUUUAAUUUAAAUCCUAAUGAAUGUUCACUUUAUCCGGCUGUUCGAGAUUUAUUGGCGAAUUUAACUUUACCAACUGAGCCGCCACAAAUGCAGAAUCAAAUUGUUCCAACCCCAGCUGCUGGUGGUAUGACACCUACCCAGCAAAUACAAUCACCUGCAAUGCAAAUGAAUUCACCGAUGCCGUCACAACCAUCACAACAGGGAUAUCCAGUUGGCAUGCCGAUGGGAAUUAUGGGACCACAAUAAACGAAUUAUAUCUAGCAUUAUUUACUUAAUAUGAUUAAUUUAUUUUCAUUUACCUUUAAACGUAAAAUAUUUAGGCUUAGAUUACGUGCGGUGUCUAAAGUAAUAAUAAUUAUAAAAAUGCGUAUGAAGCUAUCUAAGCAUUUUAGUCAGCAGGAUCAGGAUUCAACGAGCAAACUAUUUUAUAACAUUACAAAAGCAGGAUUUCCAUUUUCCUCUUCGAAAAUGAUAUUUACCUGAACUUUUUCUAUAGUACUAUUCGAAUGACAAAGUUUAAACAACAAAUGAUUUGUCUUGUUUAUUAAUCUUCCAUAAUGUUUUGGAUUUAAAAAAAAAUUGUAAUCGAUCAUACCAAACAAACUUAAUCUUGGCCUAUAAUAU